AAGAGAAUGAAAAAAAUUUGUACAAGUUAACAAAAAAGUAAACAAAAACAUACACAAAAACAUCAUUAAAGCAAAUAUCAAAACUAUCAAACCGCAAUGUCACCAUCACAGCUUGAGAUCAAAACCAGAGCGCUUGGAAGACUCAUUAAGGAAGAGACCAUAUAUCACGAUGAGGUGAAAGAGCAAGAGGGUGUGAUUGCGAGCAUGAAGUCCGCGGACGCUGAUGAGUACGAGAUCAAGAAACAAGUUGAGGUGUUGGAAGACACGAAGAAGAUGAUUCCACUUCUCAGGGAGAAGAUUCAACAGUCGUUGGAGUCACUGGAGCAGUUCUUGAAGGACUACACCGGCGAGGAUAGUCUGGACAGUGCCAGUGCCAAUAUCGCCACCGCAAAGAAAGUGCUAUCAACCAAUGCUCAGUAAAUACCAUGUGCUGUU